AUGCAGUCCUCGAGGAUGCCAUACCAUUCUGAUCAGGUGUCUCUUUUCAUGUUAUCGCUAAGCGUCCUAUUCCAUGUACACAUUGUCACUGCCCCUUCGAAGCCGAAGUAUUCCUCCUACUACAUUAUAAAGGCACUUCCCAUGGCUGCACUGAAUAGCACAACAAUUAUGAUGAGCAAUACGAUCGACUCUGACCUGAAUUCCACAGGGUAUACAAAAGAACAAAACGAUUCUGGGUUCGACAAUCUACCUGUUUGGAACAUCCUCCCAUACAUGGUUGCGGGCGCAAGCUGUACCAUGGUUGCAUUUAUAUGGCAAUAUGUCUUGUAUCUGAGGAAAUCGCAUUCGGGCAAAAACUAUAAUCAUGGCUUACUCGCAACAAUGGGGAUUUUGCUCAGUAUGAACCUCGCUUUCGCGUGUGUGGCAUUAGGCCACUAUUGUAGCCAGGCACGCAACGUGGUAUUCGGUGAUAAUCUCGACGAGCUUCAUUGGAGUAUAAGGGCUACACUUGGUCUUACAUCUACUAUUGUCUUGAUAUCGCAAUUCGAACUGCUCAACUUGGCAAAACGGGCUCAUGCUUGGGAAGGGUCCUUCAUCGGAGAAUUUUGGGUCACGAUGAUUGUGCUCUGGGCAUUGGAUUUAUGUGCGAUGUUUGGUGUCAACAUCGCGAAGCUGACAACCAUUGGCGAGUACUUCCGGUGCUCGUUCGCUCUCGGUGGCUUCGUCUUUUCCUUCAUCAUCAUCACCUGGCUCAUCUUCCGCAUUUUCCAAUUGCGCUCAAGGAAAUAUUGCGAGGAAGACAUCUUUGGUGUCUCAUGCAUCAUUCUAAAGACUCUUCUGGAGGACGCAGAGCGCGGAAAGCCCGCCAACGCAGCCAGAGACACACAGCAAGUUAGAGCGUACCGUACUGUCAACUUUCUCGCUACAUGGUUAUACGCACCAAUGUGGUUCUGGUGUAUCGCUACAACCAUAGCUGUAGUCUGUGCUCAAAGCUUUGACAAGAGUUUUGCGAGCCUUGUCGUUUGUGUAAGCUUGGCCGAAGCUGUUGCUUUAACCCUGCCUGUCAUCCUGACUAAGGCUUUGUGUGAGUUCGGUGAUACAGAAAUGAUACAUGAGAAGCAGGCGGAAGAAAACGGUCGCAGCUUUAAUACAGACAAAGAGAUACAGACCGUGGAAUGAUCAGCACUCCUUGGUAUCAACACCAUGUCAGAUUGGCACGUAGACACUUAUUUUAGUCUUUUG